AUGAAUCAAGCAGAGGUUUCAAAGUUAGUGUCCAAACUGAGAAUACGCGUCAAUCCUCGGCAUAAGAAUUUAAAAUGUCCCGAAGGUCCACAGGGUCGUUUAAAUAAAUUGCGUAAGACCGUCAAUGCUCUGUUCAAGUACGAACGUUUAGAAUUGAAUUAUACCUUGGCUGACGAGACCAGAGGGUACGCAGAACGAUUGAUAUCCGAAGCCAUUAGGCAUGGGGAUACACACAAGCCAACCAUGGAGAUGGCCGACUAUUGGAUAGAAGAGAAACAGUUGAUUCAUAAAUUGUUCAAAGUACUGGUACCGCGGUUUAAUGACUAUCAGACUUCGUACACAAUGUUAUACCGGGCGCCAAAAGCUUACCCAGAAAUCGUGUAUCCCCGUUCUGUUCUAGAACUUAGAGGCAAUCCUUUUCCAUCAAUUCUGCCUCAGCGAUCAGAUCAAAGAAAUUUUAUACACAAUGUUCUAUUGGACGAAGCUAAGAAGGCAUAUAGGGCUGAGAAAUAUGAGGAGAUAACCAAAUCUAUCGAAGAACAACAGGAUGAAUAA